CGUGUGCUGCCUGAUCAGGCGCAAUGGACGUGAAGGACCGGCGACACCGCUCGUUGACGCGAGGCCGGUGCGGCAAGGAGUGCCGCUACACCAGCCCGUCCCUGGAUGGCGACGACCGCCGCGUGCCCACGCAGAAGUCGUACAGCUCCAGCGAGACGCUCAAGGCCUACGACCACGACGGCAGGAUGCACUACGGAAACCGCGUCGCCGACCUGGUUCCCCGGGAGUCGGACGAGUUUCCCCGGCAAGGAACGAACUUCACCCUGGCGGAACUGGGGCUCUGUGAGCCCUCUCCACACCGUGGUGGCUACUGCUCGGACCUGGGGAUGCUGCACCAGGGCUACUCCCUGAGCGCAGGGUCGGACGGCGACUCGGACACGGAGGCGGGGCUGUCUCCAGAGCACGCCAUCCGACUGUGGGGCAGAGGGGUGAAGUCUCGGCGCAGUUCCGGCCUGUCCAGUCGGGAGAACUCAGCCCUUACCCUGACCGAUUCGGACAACGAAAAUAAAUCGGAUGAGGAGAACGGUCGUCCCAUUCCACCUACAUCCUCGUCUAGCCUCCUCCCAUCUGCACAGCUGCCUAGCUCCCAUAAUCCUCCACCAGUUAGCUGCCAGAUGCCAUUGCUAGACAGCAACACCUCCCAUCAAAUCAUGGACACCAACCCUGAUGAGGAGUUCUCCCCCAAUUCCUACCUGCUCAGAGCAUGCUCAGGGCCCCAGCAAGCCUCCAACAGUGGUCCUCCGAACCACCACAGCCAGUCAACUCUGAGGCCGCCUCUCCCGCCUCCUCACAAUCACACCUUGUCCCAUCACCACUCCUCGGCCAACUCACUCAACAGGAACUCGCUGACCAACCGGCGCAGUCAGAUCCACGCCCCGGCCCCUGCGCCCAACGACCUGGCAACCACUCCGGAGUCUGUUCAGCUCCAGGACAGCUGGGUGCUAAACAGCAACGUGCCCCUGGAGACCCGGCACUUCCUCUUUAAGACGUCCUCGGGAAGCACUCCCCUGUUCAGCAGCUCCUCUCCGGGGUACCCCCUGACCUCAGGGACAGUUUACACCCCACCACCCCGCCUCCUGCCCCGGAACACCUUCUCCAGGAAGGCCUUCAAGCUGAAGAAGCCGUCCAAAUACUGCAGCUGGAAAUGUGCCGCCCUGUCCGCCAUCGCCGCCGCCCUCCUCUUGGCUAUCCUGUUGGCCUAUUUCAUCGCAAUGCAUCUGCUAGGACUCAAUUGGCAACUCCAGCCGGCAGACGGACACACCUUUAACAAUGGGAUAAGGACCGUGCCCUGGUCCUUGAGAAACAGCAGCAUAGACAGUGGCGAAGCGGAAGUUGGCCGGCGUGUAACACAAGAAGUCCCGCCCGGGGUGUUCUGGCGGUCACAGAUUCACAUCAGCCAGCCCCAGUUCCUAAAGUUCAACAUUUCCCUGGGGAAGGAUGCUCUCUUUGGUGUUUACAUACGAAGAGGACUCCCACCCUCUCAUGCCCAGUAUGACUUCAUGGAGCGCCUGGACGGGAAGGAGAAGUGGAGUGUGGUCGAGUCACCCCGGGAGCGCCGGAGCAUCCAGACCCUGGUUCAGAACGAAGCUGUGUUUGUGCAGUACCUGGAUGUGGGCCUGUGGCACCUGGCCUUCUACAACGACGGCAAAGACAAGGAGAUGGUUUCCUUCAACACCGUGGUCUUAGAUUCGGUGCAGGACUGUCCACGCAACUGCCACGGGAAUGGCGAGUGUGUCUCCGGGAUGUGUCACUGCUUUCCAGGAUUCCUAGGAGCAGACUGCGCGAAAGCCGCCUGCCCUGUCCUGUGCAGUGGGAAUGGACAGUACUCGAAAGGGACGUGCCAGUGCUACAGUGGCUGGAAAGGCGCGGAGUGCGACGUGCCCCUGCACCAGUGCAUCGACCCCUCGUGCGGGGGCCACGGCUCCUGCAUUGACGGGAACUGUGUCUGCUCGGCUGGCUACAAAGGCGAGCAUUGUGAGGAAGUUGAUUGCCUGGACCCUACCUGCUCCAGCCAUGGGGUCUGUGUGAACGGAGAGUGCCUCUGCAGCCCUGGCUGGGGUGGCCUCAACUGUGAGCUGGCCAGGGUGCAGUGCCCAGACCAGUGCAGUGGGCAUGGCACGUACCUUCCUGACACAGGCCUGUGCAGCUGCGACCCCAACUGGAUGGGUCCCGACUGCUCCGUUGAAGUGUGCUCAGUAGACUGUGGCACUCACGGCGUCUGCAUCGGGGGAGCCUGCCGCUGUGAAGAGGGCUGGACAGGCGCAGCGUGUGACCAGCGCGUGUGCCACCCCCGCUGCAUAGAGCACGGGACCUGUAAAGAUGGGAAAUGUGAAUGCCGAGAGGGCUGGAAUGGUGAACACUGCACCAUUGAUGGCUGCCCCGAUUUGUGCAACGGCAACGGGAGAUGCACACUGGGUCAGAACAGCUGGCAGUGUGUCUGCCAGACCGGCUGGAGAGGGCCCGGAUGCAACGUUGCCAUGGAAACCUCCUGUGCUGACAACAAGGAUAAUGAGGGAGACGGCCUGGUGGACUGCCUGGACCCCGACUGCUGCCUGCAGUCAGCCUGUCAGAACAGCCUGCUCUGCCGGGGCUCCCGAGACCCCCUGGACAUCAUCCAGCAGGGCCAGACAGACUCGCCAGUGGUGAAGUCCUUCUACGACCGCAUCAAGCUUUUGGCAGGCAAGGACAGCACCCACAUCAUUCCUGGGGACAACCCCUUCAACAGCAGGUUUGACCUGAUCGCCAACGGGGGCGCAUCCUUGACCCUGCACUUUGAGCGGGCCCCGUUCAUGAGCCAGGAGCGCACCGUGUGGCUGCCGUGGAAUAGCUUUUACGCCAUGGACACCCUGGUGAUGAAGACCGAGGAGAACUCCAUUCCCAGCUGCGACCUCAGCGGCUUUGUCCGGCCUGAUCCAAUCAUCAUCUCCUCCCCACUGUCCACCUUCUUCAGCGCUGCCCCUGGGCAGAACCCCAUCGUGCCUGAGACCCAGGUGCUGCACGAGGAAAUUGAGCUCCCGGCUUCCAAUGUGAAGCUUCGCUAUAUGAGUUCCAGAACGGCGGGGUACAAGUCACUGCUGAAGAUCACCAUGACCCAGUCCACGGUCCCCCUGAACCUCAUCAAGGUCCACCUGAUGGUCGCCGUGGAGGGCCAUCUCUUCCAGAAGUCCUUCCAAGCGUCCCCCAACCUGGCCUACACUUUCAUCUGGGACAAGACAGAUGCUUACGGCCAAAGGGUGUACGGACUCUCAGAUGCUGUUGUGUCUGUCGGCUUCGAGUACGAGACGUGCCCCAGUCUGAUCCUCUGGGAGAAAAGAACGGCCCUUCUUCAGGGCUUCGAGCUGGACCCGUCCAAUCUCGGGGGCUGGUCCCUGGACAAGCACCACAUCCUCAAUGUGAAAAGUGGAAUCCUGCACAAGGGCACAGGGGAGAACCAGUUCCUGACACAGCAGCCUGCCAUCAUCACCAGCAUCAUGGGUAAUGGCCGCCGGAGGAGCAUUUCCUGUCCCAGCUGCAAUGGCCUUGCUGAAGGCAACAAGCUGCUGGCCCCAGUAGCUCUGGCUGUUGGGAUUGAUGGGAGCCUGUUUGUGGGUGACUUCAACUACAUCCGACGCAUCUUCCCCUCUCGAAAUGUGACCAGCAUCCUGGAGUUAAGAAAUAAAGAGUUUAAACAUAGCAACAACCCGGCGCACAAGUACUACUUGGCAGUGGACCCCGUGUCCGGCUCGCUCUACGUCUCCGACACCAACAGCCGGCGCAUCUACCGCAUCAAGUCUCUGAGCGGAGCCAAGGAGCUGGCUGGGAACUCGGAAGUCGUGGCGGGCACUGGGGAGCAGUGCCUGCCCUUUGACGAUGCCCGCUGUGGGGAUGGUGGCAAGGCUGUGGAUGCCACUCUGAUGAGCCCAAGAGGUAUUGCGGUAGACAAGAAUGGACUCAUGUACUUCGUCGAUGCCACCAUGAUCCGAAAGGUUGACCAGAAUGGAAUUAUCUCCACCCUGCUGGGCUCCAACGAUCUCACUGCCGUGCGGCCCCUGAGCUGCGAUUCCAGCAUGGACGUGGCCCAGGUUCGCUUGGAGUGGCCAACAGACCUGGCCGUGAACCCUAUGGACAACUCCCUGUAUGUUCUCGAGAACAACGUCAUCCUUCGCAUCACUGAGAACCACCAGGUCAGCAUCAUAGCCGGGCGCCCCAUGCACUGCCAGGUUCCGGGCAUUGACUACUCGCUCAGCAAGCUAGCCAUCCACUCUGCUCUGGAGUCGGCCAGCGCCAUUGCCAUCUCCCACACAGGGAUCCUCUACAUCACGGAGACAGAUGAGAAGAAGAUUAACCGUCUGCGCCAAGUGACCACCAAUGGCGAGAUCUGCCUGUUGGCCGGGGCCGCCUCAGACUGUGACUGCAAAAACGAUGUCAACUGCAUCUGCUACUCGGGCGAUGAUGCCUAUGCGACCGACGCCAUCUUGAACUCCCCAUCGUCCUUGGCUGUCGCUCCAGAUGGCACCAUUUAUAUCGCGGACCUUGGAAACAUUCGGAUCCGGGCAGUCAGCAAGAACAAGCCUGUUCUGAAUGCCUUCAACCAGUAUGAGGCCGCAUCCCCUGGGGAGCAGGAAUUAUACGUCUUCAAUGCGGAAGGCAUCCACCAGUACACUGUGAGCCUGGUGACAGGGGAGUACCUGUACAAUUUCACAUAUAGCGCUGACGGCGACGUCACUGAGUUGAUUGACAAUAGUGGGAACUCCCUGAAGAUCCGCCGGGACAGCAGUGGCAUGCCCCGCCACCUGCUCAUGCCUGACAAUCAGAUCAUCACCCUCACAGUGGGCACCAAUGGGGGGCUCAAGGUCGUGUCUACACAGAACCUGGAGCUUGGCCUCAUGACUUAUGAUGGGAACACCGGCCUCCUAGCCACCAAGAGUGAUGAAACAGGGUGGACAACUUUCUAUGACUAUGACCACGAGGGCCGCUUGACCAACGUGACACGCCCCACGGGAGUGGUGACCAGCCUGCACCGGGAAAUGGAGAAGUCCAUCACGAUUGACAUUGAAAACUCGAACCGCGACGACGACGUCACCGUCAUUACCAACCUCUCGUCAGUGGAGGCCUCGUACACCGUGGUCCAAGAUCAAGUGCGAAACAGCUACCAGCUCUGCAAUAACGGCACCCUGAGGGUGAUGUACGCCAAUGGAAUGGGCGUCAGCUUCCACAGUGAGCCUCACGUCCUGGCGGGCACCAUCACCCCCACCAUCGGGCGCUGCAACAUCUCCCUGCCCAUGGAGAAUGGCUUGAACUCCAUCGAGUGGCGCCUAAGGAAGGAACAGAUUAAAGGCAAAGUCACCAUCUUCGGCAGGAAGCUCCGGGUCCACGGAAGGAACCUCUUGUCCAUCGACUAUGACCGGAACAUACGCACAGAAAAGAUCUACGAUGACCACCGGAAGUUCACCCUGAGGAUCAUCUAUGACCAGGUGGGCCGCCCCUUCCUCUGGCUGCCCAGCAGUGGCUUGGCGGCCGUCAACGUCUCGUACUUCUUCAACGGGCGCUUGGCAGGCCUGCAGCGCGGGGCCAUGAGCGAGAGGACCGACAUCGACAAGCAAGGGCGGAUCGUGUCCCGCAUGUUUGCCGAUGGGAAAGUGUGGAGCUACUCUUACCUCGACAAGUCUAUGGUGCUCCUGCUUCAGAGUCAGCGUCAGUACAUAUUCGAGUACGACUCCUCAGACCGUCUCCAUGCCGUGACCAUGCCCAGCGUCGCCCGGCACAGCAUGUCCACCCACACCUCCGUUGGCUACAUCCGCAACAUCUACAACCCUCCGGAAAGCAACGCCUCUGUCAUCUUCGACUACAGUGACGAUGGCCGGAUCCUCAAGACGUCCUUUUUGGGCACCGGGCGCCAGGUGUUCUACAAGUAUGGGAAGCUUUCCAAGUUAUCGGAGAUCGUCUACGACAGUACUGCCAUCACUUUCGGGUACGAUGAGACCACCGGCGUUUUGAAGAUGGUCAACCUCCAAAGUGGGGGCUUCUCCUGCACCAUUCGGUAUCGGAAGAUCGGCCCACUUGUGGACAAGCAGAUCUACAGGUUCUCUGAGGAAGGCAUGGUCAACGCCCGGUUUGACUAUACCUAUCAUGACAACAGCUUCCGGAUCGCAAGCAUCAAGCCUGUCAUAAGUGAGACCCCACUUCCUGUUGACCUCUACCGUUACGAUGAGAUUUCUGGCAAGGUGGAGCACUUUGGAAAGUUUGGGGUCAUCUACUAUGACAUAAACCAGAUCAUCACCACUGCUGUGAUGACCCUCAGCAAGCACUUUGAUACCCACGGGCGGAUCAAGGAAGUCCAGUAUGAAAUGUUCCGGUCCCUCAUGUACUGGAUGACUGUCCAGUAUGAUAGUAUGGGAAGGGUCAUCAAGAGGGAACUCAAACUGGGGCCGUACGCGAACACCACCAAGUACACCUAUGACUAUGAUGGCGAUGGGCAGCUCCAGAGCGUGGCUGUCAAUGACCGCCCAACCUGGCGCUACAGCUACGACCUCAACGGGAACCUCCACUUGCUGAAUCCAGGCAACAGCGUGCGCCUCAUGCCCUUGCGCUACGACCUCCGGGACCGGAUCACCAGACUCGGAGACGUGCAGUACAAAAUUGACGAUGAUGGCUACCUGUGCCAGCGGGGCGCUGACAUCUUCGAGUACAACUCCAAGGGCCUCCUCACGCGAGCUUACAACAAGGCCAGCGGCUGGAGCGUCCAGUACCGCUACGACGGCGUUGGUCGACGGGCUUCCUAUAAGACCAACCUGGGUCACCACCUGCAGUACUUCUACUCUGACCUCCACAACCCAACACGCAUCACCCACGUCUACAACCACUCCAACUCCGAGAUCACAUCGCUCUACUAUGACCUCCAGGGCCACCUCUUCGCCAUGGAGAGCAGCAGUGGGGAAGAGUACUAUGUAGCCUCGGACAACACAGGGACCCCGCUGGCGGUGUUCAGCAUCAAUGGGCUCAUGAUCAAGCAGUUGCAGUAUACGGCCUAUGGGGAGAUUUAUUAUGACUCUAACCCUGACUUCCAGAUGGUCAUUGGCUUCCACGGGGGUCUCUACGAUCCCCUGACCAAGCUGGUCCACUUUACUCAGCGGGAUUAUGACGUGCUGGCGGGAAGGUGGACCUCUCCAGACUACACCAUGUGGAAAAACGUAGGCAAGGAGCCGGCCCCCUUUAACCUGUAUAUGUUCAAGAGCAACAAUCCUCUGAGCAAUGAGCUGGAUUUGAAGAACUACGUGACAGAUGUGAAAAGCUGGCUUGUGAUGUUUGGAUUUCAGCUGAGCAACAUAAUCCCAGGUUUUCCAAGAGCCAAAAUGUAUUUCGUGCCUCCUCCCUAUGAACUGUCUGAGAGUCAAGCAAGUGAGAAUGGACAGCUCAUCACAGGCGUCCAGCAGACGACAGAGAGGCACAACCAAGCCUUCCUGGCACUGGAAGGGCAGGUCAUUUCUAAAAAGCUACAUGCCAGCAUCCGGGAGAAAGCGGGCCGCUGGUUCGCCACCACCACACCCAUCAUCGGGAAAGGCAUCAUGUUCGCCAUCAAGGAAGGACGAGUGACCACCGGGGUGUCCAGCCUCGCCAGCGAGGACAGCCGCAAGGUGGCCUCGGUGCUCAACAACGCCUACUACCUGGACAAGAUGCACUACAGCAUCGAGGGCAAGGACACCCACUACUUUGUGAAGAUCGGCGCGGCUGACGGCGACCUGAUCACACUGGGCACCACCAUCGGCCGCAAGGUGCUGGAGAGCGGCGUGAACGUGACCGUGUUGCAGCCCACACUGCUGGUCAACGGCAGGACUCGAAGGUUCACCAACAUUGAGUUCCAGUACUCCACACUGCUGCUCAGCAUCCGCUACGGCCUCACCCCAGACACCCUGGACGAAGAGAAGGCCCGCGUCCUGGACCAGGCCAGACAAAGGGCCCUGGGCACCGCCUGGGCCAAGGAGCAGCAGAAAGCCCGGGACGGGAGAGAAGGGAGCCGCCUGUGGACGGAGGGCGAGAAGCAGCAGCUCCUGAGUACUGGGCGGGUGCAAGGCUAUGAGGGGUACUACGUCCUUCCUGUAGAGCAGUACCCCGAGCUGGCAGACAGUAGCAGCAACAUCCAGUUUUUAAGACAGAAUGAGAUGGGAAAGAGGUAACAAAGUCACCUGCUGCCAUCCCUCGUCUGGAUGGCUCAGCAGGAGUCACUGUUGUCUCCGCUCCUAAGGAGACGAAAGCCUAACAGGGGCACCGAGGCCGGGCUGCUUUAGGAUCCCAAGUGGCAAGGAAGCUCACAUUUUUUGAGUUAAAAUGCUACUGCCCACACGAGAAGCCCCACCUCCUGAAGUAGACUAAAGCCUGGCUGAGCACUCUGAGGAAAACGAAAACAAAGGAAUGAACGAACGAACAGACACACACACACCAUGUUCCCAAGUUCCCCUGACAUCCGACCCACUUGUUCUGGGUCUACACAGAAGAGAGACAAACAAAAAAAACAGAGAGAGGCCAACGCACACGCCCAAAAGGGCUACGAGAAACAACCCGUCACCAUAAGAAGACUAUGAUAACCAAACACACUGACCAACAGACAGAGGACAUGAACCUGAGGAGGCCUCCUACCCCAUCGCCUCACUCGGUGACAACGUGAGCGACGCCAGACACCCACGCGGCCGGCGACCCCGCGCAGCGGAGGGCCACGCAGCCUGCUUUGUUGGACAAAGACUUCAGACACGUUCGUUUAAGCAAACAUAGGUGCAUUGACAACACGACUCCGGGGUGAUUUGUGUGUAGCGACUGGGGCGGGGAGGGAAUACACGUGGAAGAGUGAGCACUUUUUAAAGAGAACAAGCAAACAAAACACAAGCACGAGAGAGAAAGCAAACAAAAGAAAUCGAUAUCAAAAACCCACGCGAAAUUACACCACCCAGCACCUAACCCUCAGGGCCCCACUUAGUCUGGCUUGAGGAAACUUAUUUGAGCGCAGAGUGUAAAAUGUAAUUCAAAAUGGUGGCUAUACUCACUGCAGAUAAAGUUCAUACUCUUUUGUCUUUGAAGAUUCCAUUGUGGACAGUAAUACACAGUUACAGGGUGUAGCCUGUUUAGAUUCCGUAGUUUGUGGGUAUCAGUUGCAGUAGAGGUGUGGCAUUGUGGCACUCUUUUGCUAACGGGCACCACUUCAGAUCACCCUGUACAUACAUGUGCCGCAAGGUACAAUCACUGUUUCAGAUUUAAAAUUAUUAGUGUGUUUGUUUGGUCCCGAAACUGAGACAAUCACAUGAACCGUCACGAGGAGAGGAAAAAAAAAAAAACCACACACACACAAAAAAAAAAUUUUAAAAAAACGGAAAACAAAACAAAAAAAAAAGUCUAAUAAGAACUUUGGUACAGGAACUUUUUUGUAAUAUACAUGUAUGAAUUGUUCAUCGAGUUUUUAUAUUAAUUUUAAUUUGCUGCUAAGCAAAGACUAGGGACAGGCAAAGAUAAUUUAUGGCAAAGUGUUUAAAUUGUUUAUACAUAAAUAAAGUCUCUAAAACUCCUGUGGA